AUGCUCCGCGAAGAUUUCCGAACUGUCUAUGGAGCCAAUAUCACUGGCGUUGUUAUGGUGACGAUGGACUUCGGGGUAAAAAUUUAUCAAAUCGAUAAAAUAAUCAACUAUUAUUUCAGUCGAAGACAAGUUCGACGUUCUGGAGGACUUAUGGUUGUUUUUUGUUGGUCUGUGGGCCUUCUGUUUUUGCUAUAAGCACGUAUAUCAUAUUAGGAAAAAAGGUGAGGGUAAUUUAUGAUGUUAUUCUGGAUUGGACCCAAAAAACCACUUUUGCAGAAAACAAUUUUCACGAGAAAUUGAAUUAGGGUGUUUCCGACCGAACUAUAUACUUUAUUGAAAGAAAUAGAAAGCGUAGUUUAUUCAAAAAAGGUUGAAAAGCUGUAGCGAGAGAACAAAAGGGAUCUGAAGAGACGUCAGAGAAACCAGGGUUCUCUAACUUCUCUGGUGUCUCUUCAGGCUGCUGACGCUCUCUAGCCAGCUUAUCGGAAGUCAUUUUUUUGAAUGAGAAUGUUAAAUUGAUUGAUUUCAAACAUAUGGAAAAAAUUUCUAACAGACUACCAUUAAAAAAAUUCACGGUUUACGAAAAACUUCAAUAAAAAAAGGUGAUUAUUAAUUUUUAUAUACGUUAUUCAUUAUUCAACAAACAAAAAAAGUUGAAAAUUAUAAAAAAAAUUUUUUGAAAAAGUCCCUUUUUUCUCCUGAAAACAUAUGUUACAAUUUUCAGAUAAUGAAGUUUCUGCAAGAGAGCACGUUCAGCUCAGUGACUCGGGUGCUUCAAAAGCAACUUUUCAACGCUUUAGUCGUCCAAACGGCCAUUCCAGUCGUUGUCACGUUUAUCCCCUGCAUUUUCACUUGGUUCUCUCCGAUGCUUGGCAUCAAUUUUGGCAGGUUUAAAUAUUUUCUUUUCAUCUCAGUGCUUUUCUUUACGGUUAAAAGAAAUGUGAACUCCCUCAGCAGCUUUCCUUUUUUCCAUAUUACAGUAUACCACCGCGCGAAAGUAGUUUCCGGUCGGUUGCGCUGAAAAAAAAAAUGCUAAGUGACACGGUUUUUGAAGCGCGGAGUGUUGACUAGGAGGGAAACUUCAAGGGUUUUUGUAGCUUCCCCUUAAGGGAUCAACUUAUUUCCUCCUAUAGGGGCACUAAAGUUAGCAAAAGGGGCAACUCUAGGGGAGCGUGCUUGGUCUCUAUACGUCGUUUUACUAGGAAAAUUUUUAGUGGCCACUAUAGAGGCUCCCCAAGGACUACUUGGAGAGGACACUAAAGUGGCCACUAUUUUCCGUUUUAGUGGCCACUUCAGUAGUUUUUUAUCCAGUGUUCCUUUCAGUGACUCUGAUGAUUUUAAAACAAACAGAUUGGAUCAGUUAUGUUGAUCCAUUGACCCCUAAAAGGCCCCAAAAAUUUUAGUGGUCUAGUAGAAGCACUUAGACCCCUAUAGUGGCCACUAAUUUUUAACCAAACAGUAAUACGUCUUUUUUUUCUUAAAUCAGAAAAUAAAAACUUAAGUUUAGGGCCUCAGGGACCAAAUCCUAAACUCCUAUAGGGACCACUCUGGCGUUCCUGAAUUCAAAAAAAAAAUUCAGAACUUUUUCUUUCCAGGUUCAACAAUUACUACACGGUUCCAAUGUUCAGUUCGUUCCCACUAUGCGACCCACUCGCAAUUAUUUUCUUCGUCGCUGAUUUCCGCAAAACUUUGUUCAGAACUGUCUCGUUGUUCAAGUUUGAUUCAAAAUCAUCAAUUGAGGGCAUUGAACCCCAAAAAACCAUGAUUAACCGACGAAAUUCCCCCGGAAUGAAGUAUUGAACAACUAAUGAUGUUUUUUGAAAAGCAGAAAAAAAAAAUGAAAAUGAGAAAAAUGAGGUGAGAAUUUUGAAAAAAAGAAAAACAAAAGCUUUCGGAAAAAUCGUCAUUUCCUCAUCAUUAUCUGGUUUAUAUCUAAUUCAAAAAGAGGUUGAAAAAAACCUUGAAUUAGAGAAAACUUUUGAAAAAGUCUUCACUUUGUUCUAAAUAUAAGCUUUUUGCUCUUUUUCACAUUGUUCGAAGAAGCUGAUGAACUGGAAGUUUUUUUUCCCGGUUCUGCAAUUUUUGGUUUUUCGUCAACUUCAUUUUCUUGUUUUCCCACAGCUUUGAAGGCGCAUAGAUUGAAGUUUCGUUCUUUGCAUUAAUAAUGAGAAAAAGGUGAAGGAUAUAUAAAAGUUAAUUUAUCCAAAAAAAUCGUUCACGGGGCGCACUUGAAACACAACUCACUUCAAAUUAUAAAAAAAUUUCAAAACUUUCUUUUUCCAUCGAAAAAAACUUCCGUAUCUAAUUAUUUUUCAAGUAUGAAUGGCUAACUGGAGGUCAGUAGCAGCUACGAAGUGAUUUCUUGGAAUUGCGCCCGACCAGAAACGACUUACCCAUGGAGGCAUCAAUAAUCGCAGCUUUUACUCAUUCCCCGUGCGACCUUUAACUCAAAUUCGUAGAAAAUGAAGAAUCUUCAAAUUAUCCUUCAUACUCCUUCAACUGAAUACACUUCUUCCGAACAGAAUUUCUAAAGGCGAUUUCUGAGAAAACUCCAAUACUCUUGAUUUCACCAUUGAGAAAAAACGUGGGACUUUUCAUUCCCAUAUUUUUUUUUGUAGUCAAGUGGAAAAUUCGUGUUCUCUUUUUUGGAUGACUCAAUGUUAUUUUGGAACAUAUUUCUGUUCAUGUUAUCUUAUUUUCCAGGCGUCAUCAAAAUUUUGAUUAGUUUCGAAAGCUCAACGUACCGUGAAGAUACGCUUCAGUGUUUUUCUUCGAAGCCUUGCAGCUUUUUUUGAAAAAACUCUUCAAAAAGCAUAAUAUUUUGCUCCACAAGGCGCUUAUUCAUUUUCGCAAAACUGGCAAGAUGUGUGCUCUUGAAUUUCGAAAGCUGAUGAAGUCAUUUUUAGUUAGAAAGGUUCUCGUUUGCACUUCGUCUCCUCCUGGCUUUAAAAAGACUCCUCCUUUUUUUGAAAAAAAAACCAGAAUCUCACAUUCCUUUUUCCCAUCAGUUUUUUUUUACGUACAAUUGAGAGCGAAGAAAAGCUAAAUUGAGAGCCAGAAACCGCCGAGAGAGAGGCCAAAGAAGUCAGAUUUUCUAUUUUUCUCUGUCGUUUCUUCAGGUUUUUAUUGGUCUCUCGCUUUAUUCUUUUUCAAAAUUAUACUUUUGAGUAUAAUUUUAUUUUUUUAUAAAAUUGGGCGUUAGAAAACGAGAGAGACGAGGAAAAAAAGCAGUGGAGACGUGAAGAGACACCAGAGAAAGAUAAAAAAAGCUAGCUUCUCUGGCGUCUCUUCACAGCGGCGGGAAUCUCUCGCUUUCAAUUUUCAACCUUUUUGAGGCUGACUUUUACGAAGAAAAAAAUCAAGAAGCUCAUUUUUGUAAACCAAAUCUCCAAAUCCGAAAUACUUUUAAUUUUACACUACGGGAUACUAAGAACACGUUAUAAAUCAGAAAAAAAAAGAAAAAAGAAUAUAUUUCAUAUCUAGGCACUAGCAGAACAACCAAGAAUCAAUUUUGACAAAAAAAGACAGAAAAUCUUUCAAAAAGUCCCACGAGAAUAAUUAACAACCUUUUUUGCAAAAAAUAAAGAUUUUCAAAAACCAGAAUAGGAGCUAAUAGACCAGAAUAAUUAUGAUGCUUUUUGAAGAAAAUAAAACAUCUUUUUUCGUUAGAACUCUACACUUCCCGUUUUCUCAUAAAAACUGGGGUUUGCCGUGUAAAAAUACUCUCUUAAGCGAUCCUAUAAGAACAAAAAGUCAUGUCGAGAUUUUAUCCUCGAAUUUCAAGUAUUUUAUAGAAAGUAUAUUAUUCUUGAGUUACUUUAACUUUCGAAAAUUUUCAUUUCCAAAAAAAGUUGAACAUGAAGACCCGAAAAGCUGGAUAUUCUCAAAUUUUAGCUUUUUAAAAUCCUUUAAAUACUACAGUGACCACUUAAGUCUUGCCUAGCCUUUUCAGAAGUAACUUUGAGCUCAAAACCCUAUAAGGACCCCUUAAGCUUUUCCAGCUUUUCAGAUAUGAUCUAUUCAGAUUGUGAAUGUCAAGUUCUCGCUGAAGCUCCGCCCCCUAAUGGCGCGAUAAACCAACCAGAGAGCGAGCCAUCCACAGAGCGUUUUCGAAUGACGUCAUUCUACUUGACAUUCAAAAUCUGAACAGACUAUAUAGCUGAUUCACGGCUAACUAAGGGGGCGUGGCCUGUCUGCGCUCUCCACGAACCAGGCACUCUCUCGUGCAUUAUCGUGUCAGGACCCAUAGCUUGAGCUUUUUUUUCAUUUCUUUGUUCUUUUUUCUUACCAGGUAACUUCAGGUACCUUCAAAAGCUCAAAACCCUAAAGUAACUACUAAAAUGUAGCCUGUUCCGAUGACUCAAACAAGGAAAAACUCCACUUUUCUUCGUUUUGUUUUGAUUUUCAGUCCCUUAUAUUUUGUCAAAUUGUAGCUUUUUUGAACUCGCUGCAAUAACAAACGUAAUUCUCCCCAAUUUAUGACUUUUGCAGGUCUUUUUUUUUUUCAAAAUGGCCGCUGUGGACGUUGGCGAGAUUCCAAAAUGGAUGUGUAAUAUAUUAUCCGGCGCCUCACUGGUUUUGAACCCUAUUUUGAUCCGAGUCAUUUGGAAAUCGAGUAAAAAGAAGAGAAUGACCAAGACCUACAGUAACCUGCUCACUAGUUUCUGUUGUUUCGAUAUUCUAUACUCGAUUAUGGAUUUCAUGGCUGGAAUGGUUGGUUUGACUUUUUUAAAAGUAAAAAAAAAUUAUUUUAGGCACUCCAUCAGAAAAGAUCGGUAGUCUGCUGUUUCAUGCGUGGUGGCUUAUUGGCUGGUGUAAGUGGUUUAUUUUUUGAAAAAGUUGGUCGCAUUUGGAAUGGCUCAGAGUAUCUCGACCUUAUUACGGUUCAACAGCAUCUUUUUUCAUGCAUUAAGCUUUACAAUUCGAGUUAAUGGAGAAAUAUGUAGAUUCAAAAAAAAAGCGAGAGAACUGAGGCGGAGUGAAGAGACUCCAGAGAAGUCAGGGAUUCUCUCUUUCUCUGGCCUCUCUUCUAAAACCAUUGUUCUCUCGUUCCUACUUUUCAGUCUUAAAUAGUCCAAGUAAGGCUCCAGAGUUAGGUGUGUAGAAAAUUUUCAAUUAUCACGGUCCCAUAGGGAAUGGCUUGCACCCGACUUUUCGCGACUUGCGCGUUGUCAGGACUCAGAGAGAAUCUUUUUGGACAAACGUAGCAGCUACUUUCAGAAAAUUGAUCUAAAACGUUCCGCAAACACUAUUCUUUCGUUUGAACUUCAAAAAAAAGCCGAAAAUCUUCGAAAAUCAUUGUCUGACCUUUAUUGAACUUUCAGACCUCCCUGGCUGCUGGAGCCUUUAUCACACGUUGUGCUUUCAUUGGCCUGAGUUACGGGGUUCUUCAACUCCACUUCAUUUACCGUUACGUGGUCUUGUGCAAGUAAGAGCUCAAAAAUAGGUAUCCUCAUUGAGAAGAUUUCUCAGGCCAACCCUGGAACAUUUCUUUGCCGAACCCCUCUACAUAUUCUGCUCCUUCAUGUUGGUUCUCUCCCACGGAAUCAGUUGGGAGCUCGGAGUCUGGUUUCUCUACGACCUACCGCAAACUAGAGAGCUAUUGAGAGAAGAUUUCCGAGAAAUUUAUCAAACCGAUGUUUCUGAGGUGGUCAUGUCGACCAUGGAUCUGGGAGUGAGAUUUUAGAAACGAAAAAGUCAUUUUUGAAAAAAUUGCAGUCAAUUCUUGGAUCGACGGUUCUGAAGAGUUGGGGAUGUUUGGCCACGACAGCGUUUCCGUCCGUCGUCGCUGUUGUUACUUAUAUUGUUCUUGGAUAUAAGGUAUCACUUUUACAUGAAUAGCUUGAGGAAAUCUAUAGAAUUAUUAAUGAUAUUAAUUGAUUCACAGAAAAUAAGGAAAAAAAAAUCUGAAACUUUUUUGAACUUUUGUUAUCUUAAUUUCAUAAAAUAUUCUUCUACCUACGUUCUAUCAAUCAAAAUUUGUUCUGAUUAUCUUCAAAAUAGUCAGUCAUGAUUAGUCAAAGAUGAGUAAAAAUAAGAAUAACUAGAGACAGGAGAGCUUAAUGACGUCAUUUCUCACCCAAUAUGCUCGUAACUUUUAAGAAGAACUUCGCCAGGGAUUAUCUCAAAACUUUGAUCCGCUAAAUCUUGAAAAGAUCAGUCCAGAAUAUAUUUGAAAUGAAUAAGGCUAACACCGAAUUUUCGUGAGAAACCUAGGGCUUGAAAAAGAAUAUGGUAAAAAUAUGAGUAAAGCCCAGUUUAGGAUCUAGAAAGUCGAGAAAACUGUACAAAGCAGGGUUUUGGUACUGCUAGAGCUUCUAGUUUUCAAAAUAAUCAAAUCUAACUGGGAAAAAGUUAGGUGGCCACUAUAGAGGCUCGCCAAGGGCUACUUGGAGAGGUCACUAAAGAGGCCACUAGUUCCCGUUUCAGUGGCCACUAUAGAGUUUUUCUAUUUAUUGGCCACUUCAGUAGUUUUUCAUCCAGUAUUCCUUCCAGUAACUCUGAUAAUUUCAAAACAAACAGAUUGGACCAGUUAUGUUGAUCCAUUGACCCCUUAAGUGGCCACUAAAAUUUCUAGUGGUCUAGUAGUAGCACUUGGACCUCUAUAGUGACCACUAAUUUGACUACUAUAGUGGCCACUAAAACGUCAAAACCCUAUAGUGGCCACUAAAAAUUUUCCCAGAAUAGAAUUAGGAUGAGCUCAAUUUUGAGAUUUUAUCUCAUAUCAGAAAAAUUACAGCUUAUUCACACUCUAGAGUGAAAAGAGCCCGCUAGAAAUUAGAAAAUUUUCCAAAGUUCAGUUAUUAAACUUUUUGAAGCACCUCCUAUUUUCAGAUCACCACCCACCUCGAAAAAAGCACCAUCAGCACUGCUGCUCGCAAACUUCAAAGGCAGCUUUUCAUAGCCCUUGUGGUUCAGACCACGGUCCCAGUGGUUAUAACUCUAUUCCCUUGUUUCUUCACCUGGUUCACGCCUUUUAUGGGCAUCAAUAUUGGAAGGUAGCAUUUCUACCUUUCCAAUUGAUCGAUUGAUUUUCCAGGUUCAACAACUACUACACGGUCCCCUUGUUCAGUUCAUUCCCGCUUUGCGACGCUUUGGCCGUGAUUUUCAUCGUUUCCGAUUUCCGCAAAAUCUUCUUCCGAGCAUUCAGAAAGAGAAACGAAAAUUCAAUCGCAUCGAGUACAGAAGCCCAAACUGUUACCGUACGAAAAAGGACUGUUUGA